AUGUUGCGUGGAGAUCGUGGAGAUACGGCCAGCACUUCUUCCAGAAGCCAUGGAGGUCAUGGCGCUUCAGAGCCGCGGCUCUUUGAGUUUGGUGACAGGGGCCGGAUCCUGUCACCGAGAUGCGUCGAAAUCUCAAAACAACACCCCGAAGAGUUCCUCAACUAUCUCCAGCAGGCUUGGAAGCGCGACAAGAUCUAUGCCAAGGCGAACCCAGAUUCCAUGUUGGAUUUGAAGGCUUUGAAGGUCCUCUGCCAAGACGGGAAAUACCGACCUCUUGGGAGCUCAUACAUCCCCCUGCCCAAGCUAGUCUACCUCCAGAGCCGCUACAUGCUUGAGGGCGAGACGUUUCCCUUUCUCAGGCUUAACCCACCACUCAAGCCAGACGGGGGCUUUGGACCGUGGAGGUGCCUUAGGGCCUUUGCCAGGUAUCGCGACAAUCUCGACUUCUUCUUGGAGAUGUUGAUCCGAAUACGACGACAGAAGAGCCCCACUGUCGAGUUUCCCCGCCGAAUUUUGGAGUUGUAUCUUCGUAUCCAGGCAGAAUGCGAAGACUCGAGGGACCCGGAGGAGUGCCAACAAAGAGUCAGGGAUGUAUUCGAGAAAGAACAGCUGCUCUACAUCCAUCCCAUAUGGAGACCUCCCAGCGAGUGCUUGAUGGACGACUUGUGUGACAUGUCUAGCACACUUUCCAAGUCUGCCCUUUUCCCCGUGGCCGAAGAUUGGGAUGCGAGCAAAUCUGAGCUUGCAUCGUUGAGAGACUUCUAUUCACACACGUUGGAGGUUCAGAGUGCCUCAUUCCGAACCAUCCUAAACGUAUUGGAAAGACGAGAAUUCGACGCGCCACUUGAUCCCUCAGAUCUGUGGCUGACAGACGACUUCUAUCGCGCCUUGGACAAGUUGCGGCGCAAGCUCUCACCUCAAGAUGCUGCGGAGCUUAGAACGGCUUUUGCAGAGAACAUGAUUAUUGCCGUGGCCCCUGGUGAGAAUGUGAUAUGGCUCAACUCAGGCGACUGCACCUGGGCCCCCAAACUGGACAGUCCAGGGGUCAACGAUUUGAGCAAACACUACCCCGAGCUCAAGGAUUUCUUCACCAAAUUCCUCGGCAUAGAAAAGAACGACGCCGGUCUCGUCUUUGACAGCUUGGUGAAUGUGGCGUCGUUGAGCCCCGGGAAUACACGCGAUGACACAGCCAGGGGACUUUUGGUUGCAGUCAGUCAAAAGAUUCCAGAAUACGGUCACGUCUUGGACAAGGAAAAGUUCCUUCGCAGUCCUGUCUUUCCCGUCCUUACUCCCGAUGGCGAUGUUCUGCUCUGUGCCGCUACCAUGGAGUUUUCCAUCUCCGACCGCAAGUAUCUGAAGGAUGCAUUCAUUGGCAAGCUCAACCUGCUAGACUUUGACCCAAAGACUGUUUGGAUGCUUGACAAUCUUCUGGUCUGGGCAGGCCUUGAGGAGCGAUACCUAUCUCGGAAGGUUGAGGAGAUGGGCCCGGCCUCUGAUGACUUCAAAUCUAUCGAGUUGAGCGGCGAGAUUUCGUCCAAGGCCAGUCAACUCCUUCGAAUUGCUGUUCACUUCCGAAGUCCCCGAACAAGCAACCCAAAGGCAACGUCAUGGCUGCUGGAAGUACUAGAACAUGCCCAAGUGCGCCUCGUGUCCAGCUUUCCAUCCCGACUCAUAUACCGCUCGGGCAAUGCAGAAAUUGUUGUCGAGAAUACUUUGGGUGGCCUCGACAUCAAAGACACUGUCGGCCUUGUUAUCUACGUCGACGAUGAGAACUGGGAGCUUCUGAAGCAAACCAUGCUGCCACGUCGCCUGCUGGAAUGGAUGAUGACUGACCCUGACUCUGGGGAUGCAGAAGAGGUGACUGAGCUUGGAGUGAGCCUAGUCAGAAGCAUUCUGAACGUUGCUCCCGGGCGAGACCACAUCAUUCCCAAGAUGCUUGACGCCGAAGGCAUAGUGGAUGUAGAGGCAUUGAACCAAUCGCCGUAUUGGCGGUUGAACAGGUAA